CCCUCACGGCCAAAAAAAAAAGCUCACCCUCGUCCCGGGCAUACCCGAGCCCUCGUAGGUUUGGCUCUCCUGCAGCCGCCGCCGCCGCCCGAGGGAUCUCCUGCCACCGGAGUCCCUUCUCUCCACCGGCCAGUGGAUUGGCUCCACCCUCCCUCCCAAAACCCCCCCCCCCGAUCUUCCUCCUCCUCCGCGCGCUACAUCGCCCCCGACGCCUGAGCUCGCCCCCGCCGUCGUCCUCCUCGCCUACGACGCCGCCGCCCCCUACCUCCUUCCUCCAACGACGCCUACCGCCCUGCUUCACUUCCGACCCCGCUGGCCCGCCCUGCUUCGCCUCCGAAUCCAAGUCUAGGGUCAGUGGCCCAGCUUCUGCAAAUGCUUCAAGGCAGCAGCAUUUCCAACCAGAAGACCUUAUAUGAAGUCCUAUCUGUGCCUGAAGAUGCUACAUAUGACGAAAUACGUACAGCAUACAAGUGUGCUGCUUUAAAUACACAUCCUGACAAAGCACAGCCGACUCUUGAGCCAUUUGUGCCUACCGGCGAGCAACAUGAUUUUUUCGGUGUGCAAAAGGCAUGGGAAACCCUACGCUACCCUAAAUGUCGGGCAGAGUAUGAUAAACAGCUGCAAUCAUCCAGACAGAGCCUUGAUGUCAUCGCAACCGAUAUCGAAAUCGAGGAUAUGAUUGUUGAGAGCUCUGAUGAUGGUGUGGAGCUAUUGUACGCCUGUAGAUGCGGCGAUUAUUUUUCGAUCACAUCUUGCGAGCUUGGUGAAAUGGGAAUUUUGGUGAGUGAAGAUGGGGAAAUAGAAGCGCAGGCACCUGAUUCUUUACCAACAUCUAUUGUUCUGGGAUGUGGCUCGUGUUCUCUUAAAACACGGCUGGUUAUAAAUAAAACUUGAUUCAUCGUGCCUCUGGAUGUAUGUGUGUUGGUCAGCAAAUACUGAUUUAAACACCUUCCAUCCUGCUAUUUUGAAGCACCUCCGAUCAUGGUCGACAUAGCGUGUACUGCUGGCAUAUCCAUUCUUGUGUACCUGAGCUCCUGAUGGUUGUAUUGAGAUGAAUGAUGUUUUUGAACAUUGUGCUCAGCUAACCACCUUUGUCGAUUCAA